GGAACCAAUGGAUUUACCUGGGAGCAGAUCAAUACCUGGGAAAAGCCAACGAUGGAUCCUGCAGUCCCAACUGGCUCCUUCAUGAUGGUGAACAGCUCUGGACGGGCAUCUGGGCAGAAAGCUCACUUGCUUUUGCCCACGUUGAAGGAAAAUGACACACACUGCAUCGACUUCCAUUAUUACUUAUCCAGCAGAGAUCGCUCGAGUCCUGGCUCUCUGAAUGUCUACGUGAAAGUGAAUGGAGGACCACAGGGCAAUCCCAUAUGGAAUGUCUCAGGGGUUGUUACAGAAGGAUGGGUGAAAGCAGAACUUGCCAUCAGUACGUUCUGGCCACAUUUUUAUCAGGUGAUAUUUGAAUCUGUCUCUGUGAAAGGACAUCCAGGGUACAUAGCUGUGGAUGAAGUCAGAGUUCUUGCCCAUCCAUGCAGAAAAGCACCUCAUUUCUUACGGCUUCAGAAUGUGGAGGUUAAUGUGGGACAGAACGCGACUUUCCAGUGCAUUGCUGGGGGAAAGUGGUCCCAGCAUGACAAACUCUGGCUCCAGCAGUGGAAUGGGAGGGACACAGCAUUAAUGGUCACUCGAGUCGUCAACCACAGGCGUUUCUCUGCUACGGUCAGCGUUGCUGACACCUCGCAGCGCAGCAUCAGCAAAUACCGCUGUGUCAUUCGUUCAGAUGGUGGAUCUGGAGUUUCCAAUUAUGCAGAAUUAAUAGUGAAAGAACCCCCAACUCCUAUUGCCCCUCCUGAACUGCUGGCUGUUGGAGCCACCUACCUGUGGAUCAAACCCAACGCCAACUCCAUCAUUGGAGACGGGCCCAUCAUACUGAAAGAGGUGGAGUAUCGGACAACCACUGGGAACUGGGCAGAAACACACAUUGUGGACUCUCCCAAUUACAAACUGUGGCAUCUGGACCCAGAUGUGGAAUAUGAGAUCAGAGUGCUGCUGACUCGCCCUGGAGAAGGAGGCACAGGACCACCUGGACCGCCACUCACAACAAGGACAAAAUGUGCAGAUCCUGUUCAUGGACCACAGAAUGUAGAAGUUGUUGAUAUCCGUUCCCGGCAGCUGACAUUGCAGUGGGAGCCCUUUGGUUAUGCGGUGACCCGCUGCCACAGCUACAAUCUCACAGUCCAGUACCAGUAUGUCUUUAACCAGCAAAAAUUUGAGGCAGAGGAACUCAUCCAAACAUCUUCCCACUACACCUUGCGAGGUCUGCGGCCGUUCAUGACCAUCAGGCUGAGACUGGCCCUUUCUAAUCCAGAAGGCAAAAUGGAGAGUGAGGAGCUGGUUGUGCAGACUGAGGAGGAUGUUCCUGGACCUGUUCCCUUGGAAUCCAUCCAGGGAGGACCUUUUGAAGAGAAGAUCUAUGUUCAGUGGAAGCCUCCAAAUGAGACAAAUGGCAUCAUUACACUUUAUGAGAUUACUUACAAGGCCGUUGGGUCUCUGGAUCCCAGUGCUGACCUGUCCAGCCAAAGAGGGAAGGUCUUCAAACUAAGGAAUGAAACGCAUCACCUCUUUGUAGGAUUAUACCCAGGGACAACGUAUUCAUUCACCAUCAAAGCCAGCACAGUGAAGGGCUUUGGGCCACCCAUCACAACACGGAUUGCAACUAAGAUUUCAGCACCAUCGAUGCCGGAGUACGACACGGACUCACCCUUGAAUGAGACAGACACCACCAUCACUGUCAUGCUGAAGCCUGCUCAGUCCCGGGGAGCCCCUGUCAGUGUCUAUCAACUUGUUGUCAAGGAGGAGAAGCUGCAGAAGGCUCGCAGAGCUGCAGACAUCAUUGAAUGCUUCUCCAUCCCAGUGAGCUACAAGAACGCCUCCAGCCUUGACUCACCUCACUACUUUGCAGCUGAGCUGAAGCCCAUCAACCUGCCCGUCACACAGCCCUUCACCGUGGGCGACAACAAGACCUACAAUGGCUACUGGAAUGCUCCUCUUUCUCCCCUGAAAAGCUACAGCAUAUACUUUCAGGCUCUUAGCAAGGCAAACGGCGAAACAAAAAUCAACUGCGUCCGGCUGGCGACUAAAGGAGCUUCCACCCAGAAUUCCAAUGCAGUGGAGCCAGAAAAGCAAGUUGACAGCACAGUGAAAAUGGCUGGAGUUAUAGCUGGGCUUCUGAUGUUUGUUAUUAUUCUCUUAGGAGCAAUGCUUACCAUCAAGAGAAGGAAGCUAGCCAAGAAGCAGAAGGAGACUCAGACCAGCACACAGAGAGAGAUGGGUCCCGUGGCCGCUUCAGACAAGGCCUCUACCAAACUCAGCGCUGUUCACAAUGAAGAAGCUUUCUCUUCCAGCUGCCAAGAUGUUAAUGGAUUCACAUCACCCUCUCCUUGUUCAUUUUCUGUCCAAAGCAAAACCCUUCAGAGCAAAUCUUUGUUGAAUUCCUACUACUCAGAUAACUUCUGUGAAAGCUUGUUUUACCUCCCUGUCUUUAAAACAGACAGUAGCCAUGGAGAGAUGACUCAGCCAACCUUGACUAUCCAGACCCACCCGUAUCGGAGCUGCGAGCCAGUGGAAAUGUCCUACCCACGGGGGCAGUUCCAGCCAGCCAUCCGAGUGGCCGACCUGCUGCAGCACAUCACCCAGAUGAAACGUGGACAGGGCUAUGGAUUUAAAGAGGAAUAUGAGGCAUUACCUGAGGGGCAGACGGCAUCCUGGGAUACAGCCAAGGAAGAUGAAAAUCGCAAUAAGAAUAGAUAUGGAAACAUAAUCUCCUAUGAUCAUUCAAGAGUGAGAUUGCAGCUGCUGGAUGGGGAUCCUCACUCUGACUACAUCAACGCCAAUUACAUAGACGGGUACCACCGGCCUCGUCAUUACAUUGCAACUCAAGGGCCGAUGCAAGAGACAGUGAAGGAUUUCUGGAGAAUGAUUUGGCAAGAAAACUCUGCAAGCGUUGUCAUGGUCACCAACUUGGUGGAAGUGGGCAGGGUGAAGUGUGUUCGGUACUGGCCAGAUGACACAGAGGUCUAUGGGGAUAUUAAAGUCACAUUAAUUGAGACAGAACCACUGGCAGAGUAUGUCAUACGCACAUUUACUGUACAAAAGUCUGGUGGCAGAAAAAUAGAGGCUGUGCUGUCUCCUCAGAAAGGCUACCAUGAGAUCCGAGAGAUUCGGCAGUUCCACUUCACCAGCUGGCCAGACCACGGGGUUCCUUGCUAUGCCACGGGCCUCCUGGGCUUUGUUCGGCAAGUAAAGUUCCUCAACCCCCCAGAGGCAGGACCCAUCGUUGUGCACUGCAGUGCUGGGGCUGGGAGAACAGGGUGCUUCAUUGCCAUUGACAUCAUGCUUGACAUGGCAGAGAACGAAGGUGUGGUUGAUAUAUUUAACUGCGUGCGAGAGCUGCGCUCCCAGAGGGUCAAUUUGGUGCAGACAGAGGAACAGUAUGUGUUUGUCCAUGAUGCCAUUUUGGAGGCGUGUCUCUGCGGCAACACGGCCAUUCCAGUUUGUGAGUUCAGAUCCAUAUAUUACAACAUCAGCAGGAUAGAUCCACAGACCAAUUCCAGCCAGAUAAAAGAUGAGUUUCAGACUCUCAAUAUUGUGACACCGCGGGUUCGGCCAGAGGACUGCAGCAUCGGCCUUUUGCCGAGGAACCAUGACAAGAACCGCUGCAUGGACGUGCUGCCCUUGGACCGGAGCCUGCCCUUCCUCAUCUCUGUGGAUGGCGAAUCCAGUAACUACAUCAAUGCUGCGCUCAUGGAUAGCCACAAGCAACCUGCUGCCUUUAUUGUAACCCAGCACCCUUUGCCCAACACCGUAGCAGACUUCUGGAGGCUGGUGUUUGAUUAUAACUGCUCCUCCGUAGUGAUGCUGAAUGAGAUGGAUGCUGCACAGCUCUGUGUGCAGUACUGGCCAGAGAAGACGUCCUGUUGCUAUGGCCCAAUUCAAGUAGAGUUUGUUUCAGCAGACAUCGAUGAAGACAUCAUCAACCGGAUAUUCCGGAUCUGCAACAUGGCCAGGCCCCAGGAUGGCUAUCGCAUCGUUCAGCACCUGCAGUACAUUGGCUGGCCAGCAUACCGGGACACCCCUCCAUCCAAACGCUCACUGCUGAAGGUGGUCAGGAGGCUGGAGAAGUGGCAGGAGCAGUACGAUGGGAGGGACGGCCGCACUGUGGUCCACUGCCUGAAUGGUGGGGGACGAAGUGGCACCUUCUGUGCCAUCUGCAGUGUGUGUGAAAUGAUUCAACAGCAAAAUAUCAUUGACGUGUUCCACAUAGUGAAAACGUUACGGAAUAACAAGUCCAACAUGGUGGAGUCACUGGAACAGUAUAAAUUUGUAUAUGAGGUUGCACUGGAAUACUUGAGCUCCUUUUAGCCCAGCAGAGAGAGGGGAGCCUCCGACAUGGCAGACCCCGACCCCUGGCAGAUGCUUCUCCCCUGUCCCACACUAGAAAGAGGUAACAAGUGUGGGAAGGAAAACCUCUCCUUCUUGGAGAAAGAGACUGAGACUGGACGGACCAGCUGGAAGGAGGAGAUGAUGCCUGUAUUUGCUGCUGCCUGCUUUCUAUUGGAGCAUCUACCGCUUCUUAAAUAACCUACUGUAAAAAUAAGAGAAAUGGGAGACAGGCUGAAGGACUGGACUUUCUAAUCCCCUCUGACUUCUCUCCUCUUUAGGAUCGUAUUUUUGCUGUCCUUGCUGAAGAGUGGGGAAAGAAUGAAACUUUUAGGAAAUUCUCUUCUAAAUGUCUCCUUUUUAAGUUAUUAUUUUGUUCUCAAAUCCCAGUCUUUAAUUUUUGAAUUUCAUGCAGCAGUCAUUUGGGAAAAAUGAGAUAGCCAUAGGGAAUUUAUGAAAUGUUUCAUUACGAUUUGCCUAUCUUAUCUGUCUUUGUUUUAUCUUCCAAAUGAAAAG